UAACGGUCAGAGGAUAAAGAAAGUUUCAAAAGUACCACCAUCGGAGACGGAGACAAUAGACGAGAAGAUAAGAGAAGAAAUGGGUGCGAGCAGUGACCCGAAUCAAGAUGCGUCGGACGAGCAACAACGAAGAUCCGAGAUCUACACUUAUGAGGCUCCAUGGAACAUCUACGCCAUGAAUUGGAGUGUUCGCAAGGACAAGAAUUACCGCCUCGCCAUAGCCAGCCUUCUCGAACAGUACAACAACCGGGUUGAAAUCGUUCAGCUUGAUGAUUCCACCGGAGAGAUCCGCCCCGACUCGGCGCUAUCCUUCGAGCACCCAUACCCGCCGACAAAGCUCAUUUUCAUACCCGAUAAGGAGUGCCAGCGCCCUGACCUUCUUGCCUCGGCUUCUGAUUAUCUCCGCCUCUGGCAGAUAUCGGAUGGCGGUGGUUCCUCUGCGGACGGUCGGCGCGUGGAGAUGAAGAGCUUGUUGAAUAAUAACAAGAAUAGUGAGUUUUCUGGUCCGCUGACUUCUUUUGAUUGGAAUGAGGCGGAUCCGAGGCGUAUUGGGACUUCUAGUAUUGAUACUACUUGUACGAUUUGGGAUAUUGAAAAGGAGGUGGUGGAUACACAAUUGAUUGCUCAUGAUAAGGAGGUUUAUGAUAUUGCCUGGGGAGGUGUUGGGGUUUUUGCUUCGGUUUCUGCUGAUGGGUCAGUUAGGGUUUUUGAUCUCCGGGACAAGGAGCAUUCAACGAUUAUUUACGAGAGCUCCGAGCCUGACACUCCGUUGGUUCGGUUGGGGUGGAAUAAGCAGGACCCCAGGUACAUGGCCACGAUUAUAAUGGAUAGCAGCAAGGUUGUGGUUCUGGAUAUUCGCUUCCCAACUCUUCCAGUGGUGGAGUUGCAGAGGCACCAGGCCAGUGUGAAUGCAAUUGCAUGGGCUCCUCACAGUUCCUGCCACAUUUGCACAGCAGGGGAUGAUUCUCAGGCGCUUAUCUGGGAUCUUUCCUCCAUGGGGCAGCCAGUCGAGGGUGGGCUAGAUCCUAUUCUGGCAUACACGGCCGGUGCUGAAAUCGAGCAGCUGCAGUGGUCUUCCUCCCAGCCUGACUGGGUUGCCAUUGCAUUCUCCAACAAGCUGCAGAUUCUGAGGGAUCAAUGAAGGUUUACCUUCAAGGCAAUCCAUCUGAUGCUUGAGGUGGCUAAGGGCAUGGAAAAAAUAGACUGGAAUAUGUGGCUGAAGAGGCCAGUGAGUACCCAUCAUUGGCACUCAGAUCAUUGCACUGACUGCCUAACAGUGAUUAUUUCAAUCUUGGUGGUGUGAAUUCGUUUGUACUUGCUGUCAGUGGCAUUGUUCCUGUUUCCCUAUCUCAACUGCUUGCUUCUAUUCAAGACGAUGUUCCAUGAGUUCUGCUAUUGUUUUACCGCUUACCUUUUGUUUUGUUUUUAAUUAGCCUUGGGCAAAAUUAUCACAUAUGCUGUUAAUGAUUUAAGAAAAUGAAGGACUGAGCAUGGACAAUAUGCUUCAGCUGAACUGUGUAAUACAUGAGCUAGUGAGAAUAAUUUGAUUUGCAAAUUGUUCCUUUAUUUGAUUAAUCUGACUUACUGAAAUUUGUUGGAAGGUAAAAUGAACCGGGUUCAAUUUGUUGCAGGUUUUGUUUUUGGUGAUACAUUCCUCAUUUUAUUAUUCUGUGUAGCACCUGUCUUUUUGUUGAGUUUUGUGAUUCUCUAUUUAAGCUAAAGCACUAAUUCCUGCUUCCAUAUUCUGGUGAUUCCCCUUGCGAAGUUACUAUGUUCUGCUUAUAGUAUUUAAAUAGGCUGUUAAUUUUUCCAUGAAAUUUAAAUUGAGUUUCAAAGUUGUGUGUUGUUGCUCUUGUUUGAACAUCAAAGCAUCUUUAGAAAAGUGUCAAGGCAUGGCACAAUCACAAUCAGUUGGUUAGUGCUUAUACAAGUCAAAAAAACGUUGAUUGUUAACACGGGCUGCUGUUUUGAACUUUUGAGUAACUAGUCUAUAAAAACCUAUCCCUUCAGUCCAGGCUGCCGUUGUAAAUCAGAUCUUAUGACUUGUAACAAAACUAACUAUAUUUUUCCAUGAAUGUUCCUCCUUUCUGGUUGACAGGAAGUGGAGAAUAGAAUGCAUUUUUUAUCUGAUGACAAAAUUUUAUUUCGUUUUUCCUGUAUAAUGGCACUUCUGAGGCAUGUAAUUUCGUCGUGAACUGUAGAUGUGGUCAUCGAGUAGAAAAUGAAGUAUAUUUGAUUUUGA